AUGGAUCCCAUUCCCCGUCGUCUAUCGCGCUUGAUGGCGCUCGAGCGUACUGCCAGGUGGGUCGAGAUGCAGGCUGCGGAGUCCGACCACGCGCCACGGCCUCCUUCGCCGUCCUCCACGAGGCAGUCGCCCUCAACCCGCACCACCACAACCUCUGACAGAAAGUCCCUCCCGCAACACCCAUCGCCACCUAAUCCGGCGCCCAGCAUGCCACGCCGACACAGCGACGCCCCCGCGAAGAGUGCUGCUCUCCUCCCGUUCCCUCAGAGCCCGCCGGGAUCAGGGUAUCCAAUGUCACUUGAGAUGGGGCCACCGAGGGCGGACGUGGACAGCGAUAAGGCAAGUAGCGCGGACCGGGGGUGCCACCGGACGUGA